AUGUCGGGCUCGCUUGAUGUAUUUGUGAAAUCAGUUAUGGGGCUUACUGUAUCUGCAUCAUGGCGAGAACUAGCUGAUCUCCACCGAAAAGCCAUUUAUGAUGUUCUGGAACGGAAUAUUUCUCAUUUGGAUAGUGUAUUAGAAACACUUACUAUUGACCGAUACUCGAUGUCAGUUGUAUCAAUAUUGCUAGUUAAAAUGAAUCAAAUUUAUACUGAAAAUGUGAAAGACAGGUUUGAACGUACUUUGUCACAAGUGGAAUCAAUGGUUCCGUUUUUUGAUAGUAUGCAGAUCUCAUUCAUUCCUGAUAUUUUUGUGUUGCUUUUCCGGAAAGUAUACGAAUAUUGUCUUCUUCAAAUUAACAAGCCAGCUCGUGGUAUUAUGUUACUUUCAAAUGCAAUCAGUGUAUUGGUAAAAGAAGAAAAGGACAUCCUUACCUCGCUUCAUCCAUGUCUUUUUUGUUUGUGCCUUAAGGCUCGUAUACAUGAUCCAGCCAUACCAUUCUUACAUCUUGCUGUGCCGAAAAUAUUUAAGGAGACUACAAAUCAAACAGGGCCCUAUAUGGAUCCAAAAUGGGUGGUGUUGUAUUUUUACUAUGGUGGUUUGCUUUAUGCGGUUCUAGGCCGUUAUGAAGAAGCAUUUGCAAUGAUGCAGAAAGCGUGCUGCAUUCCAGCAAUAGCUCCUAGCGCGAUAAUGCUUCGAGCUUAUAAGACGUAUGUGCUAUUAUCAUUGCUUCUGCAUGGGAAAAUACUUCGCUUAUCUAAUUACCGAUCGCCAGUGAUAACCCGCAGUAUUAUUCCACUUUGUCCGGAUUAUUCAGCAUUGGAAAGAAUAUGUGACAAUGAAGAAGAGAAUUUCGAUAAAGCUAGUGCCAUACUUGAAUAUCUGGAAACACAUUACGCUACUUUCGAAAAGGACAAGACCGUUGGCUUGGUGAAACUUGUAGUUAGAAGUAUUCGUGAAAAUUCAGUUAAAAGGCUAACUGAGUGUUUCAUAUCAAUUUCACUGUCGGAUGUAGCACGACGAUGUCAUCUAGAUGACAGUGAUCACGCUGAAUUCUAUCUUCGUGAAAUGAAUAAAAAUGGGAAAAUUAAUGUGCGUAUUGACAAGAAACAAGGCGUUGUUUAUUUUGAUGAAAUGAAGACAGAAGCAGAUGAGCAUAAAGUGGAUAAGGUCGCAAAUUCUAUAUACACGUUGGAUGCUUUAAUGAAACAAUUUGACGAUCGGAUUCGCGUUAAUCCUUCCUACAUUUCACGCGUUGGACGACCAUUAGCACGAGGAGUUCCUGCAGUUCCUCCGGAUGAAGGUUUGGGACAUCCAGGCUCUAUUUUUAUGCCUAACGUUAAUGUUGGUGAUAUUGAAUCAGCAGCUGGUAGACCCAUGGAUAUGGUUGAUUAA